UCAACAUCUCUUGUAUAAUAAUUCUCAGUUUUUUAAGCACACUGUAAUUUAUGUUGCUUUGAUCAUUCAUCCACUAUGAAAUCCAACAAAGGGCGAGGUUCAGAAUUUAAUCUAACCGUGCGUUUCGAUAAGCAGUUAUUAAUAAGCUGCCAAACAUUCACAAACAAGCGCUAAGUAAGAAUGAAAAUAAGCGUGAUUAAACUUUUAACAACCCUGCCACUAGUUUACGCAACGGGGAUUCCGUCCCCACCUAGAUUUCUAAAACAACCACCUCCUAACGCAAUCUUCUUCGAAGAACACUCAGACGAGCCCAUUAUUUUGGAAUGCGAAGCAUCGGGAGAACCCGCACCUCAAUACACUUGGUUAAAGAGUGGCAAAGAGAUCGUAUCGACUACUGAUCACGAUCACAUAUUCCAGCACUUAGACAAAGGCACCGUAAUUAUUUUCAAGGCAACAACCGACGAUGCCGGUCAGUACCAGUGCAUUGCCAAAAAUAAAUGGGGAACUGCUCCAACACAGUCUUUGUAAACAAAAGCGUCUUACGAGGGUUCAACAGUACUGUUACGAAAUACUUAAAUGCCACCGAAGGUGAACCUUUCCGGCUCACAUGUCAGUCGCCCUAUGGAGAUCCGCGACCAAAACUGAAAUGGUUGCUGUUAUAUUUUGAUGGAACGCUUCAAACGGCAGAAAACUCCCAUAGGACCUGUAGAUACAGACGGGAAUUUAUGGUUUUCUAGUAUAACUAAGCUAGAUGAAACCAAUGAGUUUCUGUACGUGUGUUACGCGUAUUUAGAAUUUGGUUCAUCGUACAAACUAGGCGAAAGAAUUUCUUUGAAGGUCGUCAAAAAUAACGCAGCACCUAGCGAGCCAGUACUCCAAUACGUUAGUCCAAAAAACAUACCUGCCCUUGCAGGAAAAAGCAUUGUUAUAUACUGUGUAUAUAGUGGAACACCUAACCCGCAAACGGCAUGGUACAAAGAUGGGCUUAUCCUACAACCCACUAGCAAGUCUCUUUCGAUUCAAAAUGUUAGUCUGUCAGACAAAGGAAACUACACUUGCGAAGUGAGCAACGGAGUUGGCGCACUUAAAGUUCAUUCCACACAUUUGGCAGUCUUUGCCGAACCAAAACUGAUCGAUGAGCCUGAGUUCCUUACCGUUGCGAAAGGAGAGUCUGCGGAAUUUCGUUGUACCGCCUCAGGUGUGCCUGAGCCAAAAAUAAACUGGUCGCGUAAUGGCAAGGAAAUCAGAAAUACGUCAGUAUUAUUAACAUCCAGAGGAAUUUUUAUUGAAAGUGUCUCCAAGUGGGAUAUCGGGAACUUUGGUUGUAAUGCUAGCAACAUCUUUGGUUACGCCUACAAGGAUGUCUACUUGAACGUGCUUGCCAUACUUCGUCGAGGAGCCAAAGGACGUGACGAUAGUCAGUGGACGAAAUGCGUCUUUGGCAUGUAAAGUUUAUGGCGUACCAAAACCAGUGGUCACGUGGAAACGAAGUGAGGUGGAGGUUUCCGGUGACCGAUACCAGAUUUCAGCGAAUGGUGAGCUUCAUAUAACCGACGCUCAAUUGGAAGACAGUGGUAAUUACGAUUGUUUAAUUGAGAAUAAGUUCGGCAAAUUGCGGGCGAGAAUAAAUCUACGUGUUAAAGUGCAAACAAAGGUUGUGGACGCGCCAAAGGAUUACCAAGGGAUUCCAGAUGGCUCGGCAACGUUUAGUUGUACAUUCGUCCAUGAUGCCACCUCUGAUGUGGAGGUUGUCUGGCUCAAAGACGGCAAGCCAGUUCAGUUUGGGAGCGACGGCCGUUAACCAAGUCUUAUUCACUGACAAUUUCAAAACUGAAAAGUGAGGACGCGGGAACCUACAGUUGCCUUGCUGAAACGGAAUUUGAUCAAACAGAAGCUUCGGCUGCACUCAGCAUUCAGAGUAAGGCGAUUGAUUGAGCAAGCAGUGGUAGAAAAUCCCUCUUUUGACACAAACAUAAAUAUAAGGUUUGAGAAUCUGUUAAGUAGUAUAGACACAUUUACUAAGGUCGUUUUUUGUUUAACCUCCGAUCGCCUAGACAAGUAAUAAUCAGAGGUCACCUAACAACUCCUUCAGUAAUUUCAAUGGAAUCCACCCGAUUUAGCGCAGAUUGACUUUCACCUCUUUCCAAAACCCAAGCAAUGGCUAGGAGGAAAACGAUUCCAAACAAAAGAGGAGCUUCAAAACAGCGUAUAAACUUAUUUAAUCGAGUUGGCGCGGGCACCUUCUACAAGGAAGGAAUAUGGAAGUCGUUAAGCGGGUAGGAUACCCGAAUUUAAAAAAUGCAAGCUUGGUUUUCCCAAGUCUGAGUUAAAUAUGAGCUAAAUUCUGGCUGCGUCUAAACCCAUUAACCAACAAAGCUCCUUUGAAAUAAAACA